AAUAAAAUUAUUUAGGAAUGCAUUAAUAGAAUGAGUACUCUAGAAUGAGCCUUUUUAAACGACAUAAUCGACUGAUUUCAUGUGGAUACUAGCGCCACAAGUAACAAGCUCGUCCACAAAGUAUGUUUAUUAUCGACAAUGCGAAACAGACUGUAGUGGCGGAAUGAAAAUGGCUAAUUGUCAGGUUCGUUGGUGUAGCAGGUGCACUGUUGCAUCCCUCUGAUGAGAGCCAUGCACCGUUUAGACCAUAGCCAUAAUGUCAUCCCGAAGGCUACUUCUUAGUAAUUCACAAAGGGUUCACUCUUCCGUGAAGUACAGCGCAUGGAUACUUUCCAGGCAAUACCUAGCACGUACCUUGCUAGAGAAAUAUUUGUGGUAGAUCCUCGAUGAAUCAAGAGUAUGGCUUCUGGUGCAUCUUCCUUGGAUAGUGCUGGAAGUAGUGAUGGAGCACUCAAUAUGGAAAGAGAUAGUGGAGGCUAUGGCAGUGUUGGCAGUCCUGUUGGUGGGCCUGAAUGUCGUAGUGAUUAUGAUGGUUUGCAAGCUCAAUGUGAUCAAGCCAUGCAUCAGCUUCAGCUACUUAGGCAUAAGCACUCCGAUACUAUAAGACGGUGUGAACAUACUAUGAAGGAAUUGGAAUACUACAGGGGACAGCAUAUAGCAGUCAUGAAUCAAUUAGAGGCAACGUCACAAGAAAGUUCCGCACUGCGGGGCAAAUAUGGAGAUUUAGUAAAUGACAAGCAACGCCUAGAUCGGGAAGUCCAAGCGUUGCAAAAGGAAGUGUCUGAAUUAAGGUGUCAAAAUCAAGAAGUUCUCGUUUCUGAUGCUAGUAAUAGUGACACUAUGAAUCAGCACUAUCUAUCUGCGCUUCGAAAAUAUGAAGCCGUUAAAGACGAGUACGAUGCCCUUAGGAAACGGUACGAUGAUUUAAUAUCAUCGCAUUCAUCGGCCGUUAAUAAGUUGGAAUUAUCUCAAGAAGAGGCUGCCAGGUUAAAAAAACAAUAUGAUGAAAUUGUUCAAGAACGUAAUAGCGCAGUUCGUGAGCGUAAUGGUUUAAAACAACAGUGUACUGCUGCCAUUAGACAGUGGGAUAUUGCAUUAAGGGAAAGAAAUGAAUAUCGUGAAGCCUUAGCCAAAGUACAGCAACAACACGAAGAAGCAGUGAAGGAAAUUAAUCAUGCAAUGGUACUACGCAUGAAAGCUAGUAAGGAUAUGAAACGAUUAACAGAAGAAAGAAAUGCUGCAUUACAAGAAUACAGUUUAAUUAUGGGCGAGCGCGAUACAGUGCAUAAAGAAAUGGAAAAACUUGGUGAUGAUCUUACACAAGCAUAUACAAAAAUCACACAUUUAGAGAAUCAGAAUAAACAAUUUAUGGAAGAGAAAAAAGCUUUAUCCUAUCAAAUUGAAACUUUAAGAAGAGAAAUUUCAUCCGCUUUGCAAGAUCGAGACGAUGCUUUAAAACAAUGUAACGAAUUACGCCAAAAGUUUGGUGAUUAUUCUGAAGGCUCAAACAGGGACUAUAAAAAUCGUAUGGAAUUACACUCAUAUAAUCGUGAACGAGAUAAUUCGAACAAAGAAGCUGAAAGAGAAAAUAACACUACAGAUUACACUAAACGAGAUAAGGAACGUAUGGAUAACUUGGAUCAAGCUAACUUGGAAUUGGAUAAACUUCGGAAAUCUGUCGAUAAAUUGCAAGCAGAACUUGAGGAAGCCCUCCAAGAAGCAGAAGUAUCAAAACGAAGAAGAGAUUGGGCUUUCAGUGAAAGGGAUAAAAUAGUUUUAGAAAGGGAAAGUAUUAGAACUCUCUGCGAUAGAUUAAGAAAAGAGCGUGAUCGUGCUGUUUCGGAACUAGCGGGUGCUUUACGUGAUUCUGAUGAUAUUAAAAAGCAACGGAACGAAGCAUCGAAAGAAUUAAAGGAUCUCAAAGAAAAGAUAGAAUCUGGUGAUCAUGCGUUAAGAGCAAGUCAAUUUGCACAAAGCUUAGCGCAUGCACAUGAUUCGGCGAUCGAUACUGAUGUUAGUGACUGGGAAAUUCUUACUAUUCACUUGGAUCUUAGUCGAGUUUGCUUAGAUUCUGAUCGUGAUUUGGGAUUGACAUUAGUCGGAGGUCGUGAUAAUCCAUAUUAUCCAAACGAUACAGGAAUUUAUGUUGCUCAAGUAACAUCAGGAAGUGCUGUUGAUGGUAAAUUAAGAGUGAAUGACUGCAUUAUGCGAGUAAACAAUGUAGAUUGUACAUCUGUUUUUACGCGUGUAAUUAUGGAAACUUUACGUACCUGUUCGGUGGGAUCAGCUACAUUAACGAUAAGAAGACGGCGUUUAACUAGAAGGUCAUUAAGGACAACGCAAUUGCCUGUUGGUUCAGUUCCUCAUGGUAUUUCUUUGGAGCUUGGAGUAUAUAUUUCGAAGAUUUCACCGGGUAGUUUAUCUGCUAAAGAUGGCAACCUCGCUGUUGGAGAUAGAGUUUUAAAUAUUAAUAGUAAACCAAUGGAAGGCAUUAAUUCCAGCCACGAAGCGAUGGCAACUUUGAAUGAUACAAGUACGGAUGUGUUAACUAUUACGACCCUGAAAGGAAUACCAUUGCCUUCGGCAACUAGUUCUGAAACUAUGACCAUUGAUGGUAGCUUUGGUACUGAGAAACAAAAAAUGGUGAAUAGUUGUUCUCAAACAGAACAAGAAAGAAUAUUGUUAAAGAUUCCAUCGGACGAUUAUGAAAGAAGACACGUUGCUUCGAACUUUGGUGAUAGAAGUGUUUACAAAGUUUCAAAAUCCGUUAGUGGUGAAAAACCAAGUGGAAUUAGCAAUGCUUGGGACAAUAUACGAGAGAAGAUUGAUAUAGUACGAGGACGUAAACAUAGCAAAGAUCGGGAGGAGAAGAAGAAACGACACCGCAACUCGAGUCCAAAUACUUUUGAGCAAGAGCAAGAUGCAAUAGCGGAAUUAGAUUCAGUAAUAGAGAGCUACCACAAGAAAGCGAAUAAUGGAGUACUGAAACGAAGUAAGCGACGCGGAACCGAAAAGGUUGAGAAAAAUGGAGGUACGUGGCCGAAAGCCAGAGGUGGACCUCUGAUUCAAAAUGGUACUGGUACUAUUUUACAUCCACGUAAGACAAAAGAAAGGUUGCCCUUAAGUGUACUCCUUAAUCAACCACCAAAGUAUGAAAGUUAUAAUUAUAAUCGUAUUUCUAAUCCUAUACCCUUAACCAAUUUUUCCAAUAUGAACAAUCGGCAUACGGUUUAUAAACCUGUAGAAAAACCAUUACCAAAUUUCCUUAAAACUGGACCGUUAUUUAGUCAGAAAUCCUUUACUCCAGUGGUGCAGUUCAAAGAUAUCCCGAUAGAUAAGAAACCAGCAACCGAAUUCGAGAACACGGAAAAUAGACUCAGUUCUACGCUGACACCAUCUGAAACUAGCAUCGAUUUUUCCGUGAAGUCUGGAAAUACGGGAAAAGAUGUAGAAUAUUUCUCGAAGAAAAGAACACAAAAGUAUACUCCUAGCAACGAGAGUCAAGUAGACACACUACAGCAUAAUAGAGUGCAAUCUCAACUUUAUUCCGGGGCUGGAUCAUCAACUUCGUCGACUAGCGGCACGAGACAGCAGUUGACUGGUAAUUUUUCAUUUCCUCCCUAUACGCAUUCGCAUCCGCAUCCCCAUCAACAAAAUUCUUUACCUUCGAGAUACCCUUCCCCGCCGUCUUUGCCGUCUGCACAGUCCGGGGAGUCAAUAGGACUACCCGAUGCACGAUCUUAUUGUUUCGAACCUUCAUAUAGCCCCGGACCGCAAACAGGAUUCGGGCAUUUGCACACACCCUCUGUAGAUUUGCAUUACCACAAAUCUCGCGCUCCACCGAUUGGCACUACAUACGACGUACCAGCGUACACACAUGGCUACGAAGGUGGAACUUUUCCAAGAAAAAAGGAAAAUCAACGUUUUCGAAUACCAUCAAAUCCUAGUGUGACUUCAAAAAGCAGCGUGGGUAAAUUAUCUACGGGCAGUAUAGAAAGAACUUCAGAAAGAGGCAGUCCGAUGCCAACAUUCCACGUGGAAGUACUUAGUCCUGGUAGCGGUAGCGGAAAUAGCUCUGGUGGAACUGUCAGAGGAAGUAGUGGCAAUAAACGGUCCAGCAUGCCGGACUAUUGCUACUCUCAACCUAGGCCAGCACCUGGAGAACUUCGCAGAGUUCACAUAGACAAGUCAGUCGAACCUUUAGGUAUCCAGAUUUCUUGCUUAGAGAGCGGCGGUGUAUUCGUUUCCACCGUUAGCGAGCACAGCUUAGCAUCUCAAGUCGGUCUUCAAAUCGGUGACCAGUUGCUUGAAGUCUGUGGUAUCAAUAUGAGGAGUGCUACUUAUCAACUUGCUGCCAAUGUGUUACGUCAGUGCGGUAAUUCCAUUACGAUGCUGGUGCAGUACAGUCCAGACAAAUACAAUGAGUUAGAAGAAGGCUCUGCUUCUUCGAGUUCAUCAGAAGCUGGUGGUGCUGAAGGAGGUAGUCGUAGUGGAUCACCCACUCCAUGUAAUAGCCCUGAAGCUCCUAGAAAAACAACUAUUGAAUCAUUGGAGAGCUCAGAACCUGAACGUGACGCUUCUACUAGUUUAAGUACAAUACGCGAUACUUCCAAUACCUUGACUAUUAUGCGCGAAACUUCAAAUACUUUAGAACCACCUCGUACAAUUCGAGAAAGAGAUAUCAGAAACUCUGCUUCAUUGGAAGUACCAAGUACGCAACAGAGAGAACGAGAAAUUAGAGCAUCAGCAUCUUUGGAUAUUAAUAUCAGAAAGCCGGAACUUCGUAGUUCAGCUACGUUAGAUAAUAUGCGUAAUUCCGCAACUCUUGAUACAUUACGUGGUACUGCUAAUACUCUUACACGCGCACAGCUUAAUGCAGCGACCACGUUGCAACGACAAAAUGCAACUGUAAGAAGUCCGACACAAGAAGAACAAAAUCGUAAAAGCCCACCACCAAGUGAACCGAGGUAUCUUUUUAUCGAAACAAGGAAAUGUUCGAAUUUAGGUAUUUCCCUUGUUGGUGGUAAUGGUGUCGGAAUAUUCGUACACUCGGUACAACCAGGUUGCCUCGCGGAAGAUGCAGGAUUACGUCCCGGUGACCGUAUUCUGGAAUAUAAUGGUGUUGAUCUCAGACAAGCAACUGCAGAACAAGCUGCUUUAGAAUUGGCUAGACCAGCAGAUAAAGUAACGCUGAUUGCUCAAUAUGUACCUGAAAGGUAUAACGAAGUAAAGGAUAAACCUGGAGACAGUUUUUAUGUGAAGGCAAUGUUCGAUCGAGUAGGCGAAGUUGGAGAUAGCCUACAACUUAGGUUUAGUAAAGAUGAUAUUUUAUACGUCGAUAAUACAAUGUUUAAUGGUACUCCGGGUCAUUGGAGAGCUUGGAUAGUUGAUCAAGCUGGAAGAAGACAAACCUGUGGUAUAAUUCCGAGCAAAUUCAAGGUCGAAGAAGAACUGCUUUUACGACGUUCAUUAGGCGAUUUAGAAACAGAUACUACUAGAAGAGGUAGCACAAGCGCAAGAAGAAGCUUUUUUCGUCGAAAGAAACAUCAACGUUCUUCUAGUAGGGAUAGUAAAGAAUUAUCACAUCUUACGGGAGUAAAUUUGGGUUGGUAUAGUGAUAGUGGAACACUAAAUGAAGAAACUCUUCCAGCAAGUUAUCAACGUGUUGAAAGAUUGGAUUAUCCAGCUUUAAGACCUGUGUUGAUCAUUGGACCGUUAAGCGAGUGUGUAGUGACAAAACUAUUACAAGAAUUUCCAGGAGAGUUCACUAGGUGUCUCGCAGAAGCUAUGCACUGUUCUCAAGCGACGCUCGAACAAGGUUUGCGCGAUUCGCUUUAUGUGGACUAUAGAAAAAAAGGAAGCUAUUUCGAGUGUACCACAGUACAAGCUGUCAAGGACAUCUGUGAGAAGAAUACUCAUUGCAUAUUGGAUGUAUCAAUUGCGUCGAUCGAGCGACUUCAUCGACAUCAGAUCUAUCCUAUAGUUUUGUUGAUUAAAUUUAAAAGUACCAAACAAAUAAAGGAAGUCAAAGAUUCCAGAUACCCAAGCGAUAAAGUUAGUGCGAAAGCGGCCAAGGAGAUGUAUGAACAAGCAUUAAAAUUGGAAGCUGAGUAUAAACAUUAUAUUUCUGCUGUAAUUCCAGCUGGAGUAAAUGUCGCGUACAUAUGUACUCAAGUAAAAGCUGCAGUAGAUGAAGAACAAAGCAAAGCGCUGUGGGUUCCUAGAGGACCUCCCUGACAUUUAAGGGGGGGUCCCCACAAACCACAGUGGAAAUCAAUCUAAAUUCCACCAGGGGGCCCUUACGUCGUACGAUUGUAAAAUUGUUACAAUUUUUUUUAUUUAUGGUCUCUUAUUUGUCACGACAGUAUGCAGGAAUUUCAAUUUUUCUUUUCAUGGUUCCAUUACUACGAUCUUUUUAAUUAUUUUUAUUUAUUUCCUUAUUGUAAUGCGAUUAUGCAAAGUUUUUAAUAUUUUUUUUUAUCUUUCUUCCUUUUUUCAUUUAUUUUUUACUUUGAAGUCUGAUACAAAUUAUACAAUUUAUUUUAAUAAGCUUUGUCAUAAGUAUUUUAAUAAGUAUUUCACUAUUUCAGCAAAUAUUUGAUGCUAUUUAAACAACACUGACAUUUCCUAUAAAAUAUUACGAGAUAAACAAGACUUCAUAUAAAACUCUUAAUAUUUAAACAUAUCAUGCAGUCAACAUUCAUAUUAAAAAAGAAGAGAAACAAACAGUACGUUUUAUACGAAUUCUAUCUUAUAUUUUCAACUUUAAUUUUCCUGAUUUUUACUUUCCUCAUGAAAAUGACACUAUUGAUGUAUUACAUUUCAAUAUUUCACUUUUAUGGAAAAAAAUCAGCAUAGUAUAGUUUCAACAUUUAAUUUCCCUUAAAUCAACAGACAUGUGCAAGAAUUAUUCUUCAUGCUUCAUAAAAGUUGAAAACUUUGCUUGCUGCUUCGAACCUCGAUCGAUCAUAAUUUCCCAAUAAGAUAUGCAACAAUGUGAAAAUUAUCUAUUGCAAUUGGCGUGAGACCAUAAAUGAAUUAAUGUAGCAAGUAAAAAUAUUCAUCGUAUUGUGGCCCAUAAAACAUUUGGUGGAUAAAUGUAAAGUUCAUUAGUUAGUGAAUAAGUCUCAGCCAUUCAGUUCUUGGCUGAUGUUAUUAACCCCUCAGAUCACUUCGUUGUACAGAAUAAUUUUGCGUGAUUAGUAUUAUUGUACAGAGGACGUUAUAAAUUAAAGGAGGUUACUUAUUUGUAUAUAAUUUACUUAUGAAACUUAUGGAUUAUAUGUUUAUUAAUUUUUAGUUUAGAUGAAUCCUUUAAUUGUAUGUUUAAAUUUAAGUGAUACUUUAGUCAUUGUUUCAUAAAACUGUUUAUAAUCCAUUUGUUGCGUAGCAAUUGGUUUGAGGGGUUAAAAUUUUAAUGUUGUAGGUCGAGGAAUUAAAAAAUGUAAAGAAAUUGAAUACGGAAUUGACAAAAAAUGGAUUGUUUUUGCCAUUUUUUAAAUUUGUAAAUAUCUGAAAUGAUAAUAAGCAGUAGAUAUCCGCAACACAGAGAAACUCAAUAUAAAGCGCUCGUAACGAAACGUAUGAUGGAGUAUGUUACUGCUUUUUUACUUCUGUAGUUCGAAUUAUUUUACGAAUUUAUACUGUAAUGUUUUUAAAUCGAGUUUAAGACGCUUUGUAAGGUGCAGUCAUAUUUUUGAACACAUUUAAAAUGCGAGUACGUAUCAUUAUGUAUCUACAUUCAGAAUUCAAUACAUAUUUCUUAUUGCAUUUUUAAAUAUAAGGACGACAUACAUUUUUUAAAUAAUUUUUACUGUUAUUAUCUUAAAAAUUAUAUUUAAAUUGCCCCAUUUCUUGCUUUCUUCUUAAACAUUUUGAUAAAUAUAGCGGGAUUUUUUAUAUUGUUUUCAAUAUCUGGAUGUAGAUACAAGUUUCGUAUAUACAUAUUAUCAGAAAAAAUUAAGAGUACAUUAAAUGAAAUAGCUAAAAGAAAUAGCUAUCGUAAAAGUCUAGUAACGAUGCUUCGAUACUUAAAUACAUAAUCUUUUUUUUUUGUUCGAAAUGAAGCCUUUCUAAUUUCAAAAGAGGCUUACGUUCUUUAAUGAUAUCGAUGAAUAUCGAAUAUCAAGUUUAAUAACAAUUUGUACGUACAGAAAGAAUCCAGUAAGAGUGGAAGACAAACAAAUGAAGUUAAACAUUGCUUUUUGUAAAACAGAAAUUUAGUUUUCUAACAAAGACAAUAUUUAGGCGUAAGUUAUCAAAGUGAGACCAAAAAUUAAAAGAAUAUUAUGCUAAUUCAUAAGGAUUACAAUUAAAUUUAUUCGUAUCGUUAGCGUCGAUAUGCUUAAUGCGGAAGUGUAGAUAUAUACUUUUUGAUACGUUGCGAAAUCAUCGGUACGAAUUUCGUAAUAAAAAAGGCUCAAAAAGAAAGAAAAAGGGAAAAAAUUAUGAAUUAUAAAAAGUGCCGUACACACUUGGCAGCUUAUAAUAACAAGGAAUUAUUGUAUUUCGCACCCAAGGUAAAUACUCUUUAAAAGGCUAUCGUGGACAAUCUAGGCGUUAAAAUUAGGAAUUUACUAGCGAACUAAUAUAACAAAAUAUUUUCGGGAAAGAAUAUUUAAUUCUUAUUCUUUUAAUAAGUAGAGAGGAUAUGAUAAUAUAUGUGUGUGUACGUUUAUAUAUUGCAUAUAUUUGUACACACAUAUGAAUCUUGAACGUUAUACAUGUGUGGGGUGAAGUAAAUUAUUUAAAUCGACAAUUUUAUUUAUAUUUUAUAUGCUGAUAUUACAAACGUACAAUACUUAUGAGAGUAAUACAUUAUAUUUUUUUUUAUAACGAUUUUAUUUUUCCUAAUUUAUUUUGGCAUUGUUCGAAUUGAAAAAUACAACAAAUCUGUUUACUUUUUGUAAGAAUGGCAGUAAUUUUCUUUUCACUAUUGAAUUGACGAAAGCACGAUUGAGAUACUUAAUUCUAAAAAGAAAAUAGCAAAAUAUUAAUGUAUAGAUAUUUUUUUUAAUAUAUAUAUAGUAUCUACGACAAAUGUAGUGCAAAAUAUAACAUAAGACUCAGUAUAUUAUGAAAACAGCACGCGUCGUUAUUUAAUUUAUAUUAAAAAUAAAACUACAAUGGAUAUUAACUCUAAAAAAAUAUCCAAAUCAUAAGUCGCGCCUUGAGUAAUAUAUUUUUUAAUUAAAAUUAGGUAUAAUGUAACUGAAGAGUAAACCGUAACUUCAUAAAUUUUGUUAAUUAUUGCAAUUGUGCCGUAUUGAAUAAUCUUUUAAAUGGAACGAAACAAUAAAACUCUCACCUUACAUAAGAAUCUUGUAUAACGGGCAAGAUUCGUUUGUGGAGAGUUAAAAGGUUUGUUUUCUCCCAUAGCUUGAUACAUCUACAACUAUCCUAUUUAAAAAAACAGAAACUAUCGAUAUUUAAAUUAAACAUAAUUUCUGUGCGGUGCAAGAGGAAAAAUUAAGAUAGGUCGAGGGCGAAGUGAAAUGCCAAAAAUAACAAAAAGAGAGAGAAAAAAAGAAAACAGUAUCGAAGGAGGAGGGAGAAAAGAUUAAUUUUGUAUUAUGAUUAUUCUCAAUCACAGCACUGUGAUACAUAUAACAUUACAGCUUUGAUAACAUAUCAAUUUCACAAUCCUUCUACAUUACUAUUACAAAUAUACAUACAUAUUUUGGGCAAUACUUACAUAUACAUAAAUGUUAUAUAUAUUUAACUAAGCACUUUUACUAUUUUUCAUAAGCACGUGAUUCUGAACCAUUCAAUACCCACAUACAUAGCACUAGUGCGCGCAAAUACAUCCUUAAUAAACGAAGGAUGUAUGAUGUACACUUUUUUCGAUAGAAUUUCGAGUGGAUUGAAUUUGAAUGAAAAAUUCCAGAUAUUCUCCAUAUAUUAUCUAAAAAUGUAUAAGGAUAAAACUUAUAAAAGUAUGUUUUUCAUGAAAAAUUUAAAUUUAUUACUUUUUAACGGACUAAAAUGAAAGUAUAAUGCAAUUAUAUCUUUUUAUUUAUCUCAGAUUACAAAUUACUUAUUUCUAAUGAUCAUUGAACUUUUAUUCAUUUGUUAUUAUUUAUUGUUACUAUUCAUUUAUUCAUUUGUUGUUUAAUGUAUUUUUAAGAUCGUAAUUGAAUUUGUCUAAUGAAGGAAAUAAAUCAAAUAUGUUUGCAAGUAUUAUUCACUCGAAAUGUUUCUAAAAAUAUUUGAGACGUAAUUGACACACGUGCUGAGUGGUGCACUAACAAACAAUUAAAUGUACGAUAAUAGAAGCAUUAAUUACUGGCAAUCAUUGAAGCGUUUAUGGUGAUAUAUUACUUAGACAAGAAGCAAAGCCUGACGAUUGGGUUUGAAAAAUGCGCGAUAUAGAUCGAUGAUUUAUGAUUCUAAUAGCGAUUUGUUCAAACGACAAUCGCGACUAGUCUUCAAUAGUAUUCUAUUUUCUAUAACGAAUUUCUCCUCGCAGUAUAACUUGUAUGCUCCAGCUGAAAUUUUAUCGUCUUAAUAUCAUUGUGUCCGAUAUUAUAUUCGCUAUUUCCCCAUAGGUUUCCUAUUCUAUUUGUAUCGCACUAUUUGUUUAACCAAUAACGAUGUACGUAACAAUUACACUGCGCAUCAUCACUGAAAAGAGUUUAUUCUAAACUUAACUAAAAGCACGUUUGACUUUAUGUUUUAUUUCUUUCGUUUCUCUGAUUUUAUUUUGUUUCAAAUAUUUUCUAUUAAACUCGAAGUUAACAAAUUUAGAUGUUGUGUUAUAUAAAAGUUCCUAAAAAUGAAAAACUAAUUAUAUUUUUUUUUUAAUUAAAAAAUUCAAUUUCAAUUAAAUUUCAAUUUUAACUCAGAUUCAAUUAAAAAUGUUACUUUUGAAACGCGAAAUGCUGAAAUAUAGAGAAACGACUUACUAUAAUAGGAAGUAUUGUCAUUGUUUGCUUUUGUCUUCCAAAUUUCCACAAUUGUAAAUCGUUAUCACCCAAUCAAUAUAGUUAUAUAAAUUUGAUGAAUAUCAAAAAACAAAUUACUUAUCUUAAAUUUGUAAUUUAUGAGAACAUAUGAGUCUACUAUAUUAACGAUUCUAAUUAAACUUCUAUCAUAUCUGUAUAUUUUUCAAGUAUUCUACGAGUCUUUUAUCUUGUAACAAAAGUGAUUAUAGCUAUCAAAACAAAUAUCAAAAUUUUUAAUGGAUUUAAAUUUAUUGUCUAAUCAAAUACACUUAAUUUGUCUGUAGCCUUUCCUCUUAAUCAGCAUAUUUUUUGGAACAAUAAAAUUCUUAUACUUAUUGAAAAAUUAGCGAAUAGAGCUCGCGAAUGUAUAAUGUAAUAAUAUCAACUUGGUGCUGUUUAUUCUUACACAUUUCUUACAUUAGUUUUUAUACACAUAUAUUAAGAAUAUUCUCUUAUCAGUCAAUGCGAUCGUAAGCACUUGUGCAUAUCCUGGAACUAUGAUAUUGGAUGGUUUGAAAUUUUUAUAUCUGUAUGUGUAUACACAUCUUUUGUUAACAUACGUAUGUAUUUUGAUUCUUAUUGAGAUAAUGAAGAUUAUUACGAUUUCGGUAAAUUCGAAGAGAAUCUAAAGAGAAUUCAUUGAUGAACAACAGAAAAGUUUGUUAAUUGGGCAUGCGAAGUGUCUUAUUCGUCUCUCCUCAUCGGUAGAACCGUCUUUGAAUCAGAGUAUUACCUCAUCAGUAGUAAAAUUUAUUCUUCUUUUGACUAAGGAAACGUAUAAUAUGUAUAAAUACAAAUGUAACAAUGUUGCGAGCGUAGAUAAAUUAGAUUUGAGUAUUUUUCAGUGAAGAGUAUUUAUCGAUAAUAACACUUAAUUUUUAUAUUUAACUCUUUGAUUGUGUACAGAUAAAGUUUUUGUAAAUUUUGAAAUACUUAUAGAUUAUAUUAUUAUAUUUUUCACGGUAUAAAUUUUUGAUCUUUUCCAUUGUUUGAAAACGUUUUUGAAGAAAUGACUUUUCAAGAGGAAAACAGUGAAAUGUUCAGCGAUCAGAGAGUUAAGAAAAACUAAACAAACAGUACUGACUCUUAAAAUGUACUACUUAUGGCUGUUAAAAAGAAAUGCGUUAAUCGAUUACAAAAUGAAUGACUACAUAAUAUCAGGAUGCAAGAAAUUCAGACUAAAUCAAAUUUUAUAAAAGUUAGAUUACAGAAUGACGUUUCUAGUUUUUUGAUAAUCACAUUUCUACGUUUUUACACACACAGAGUGCAUUAUUGAAAUGGAAUUGUAUACAUAGUUACUAAGUGCAGAUAAACCUAGACUGAUUUAUAAAAUAAUCAAUCAUCAAAUUUGUGUCUAUUUUGUCGGUGAUAGAAUUAUGAGACAUUUAUCAAUUUACCAAUUUGAAUAACUAAAAGAAGAAAACGUUGUGCUUCAUAGGUUGUUGAAGUCUCCAUUUACAAGCAAAAAUCGGAAUAUAUGGUUGUAUCGUUUGUUUAUAAACGCAUUCACUGCCAAAUAUUUAUUUAACUUUUGUUUCUUUAUACUGCUAAUGCAUAGAGAAGGUUAAAUAUUUGCAAUGCAAUAAAAAUAUACGUAUGAAACGUGUUAUGGAGAAAAGAUAGAUAAAUAACUUGCAUCGUGGUGGGAAAAUCGUCUUGUAAAAACUUAUUGUUCAUAAACGGAUGUUUGAGUUAAGAAGAAACUCAAGAGAUUUGAUUGUAAAUGAUUUUUUGUUAAAUAAUAUUAUAUUAAUACAAUAUUAUUGAAAUAAUGUUAAAUAAUAUUAUUUAGUAAUAUUAUAGUGAUAUAAUAUUAUGUUUUAUAAAUCUAUUGUAUAUACAUAUGUAGCAUAUUUGUGCGUAAUGUAUCAUGGAUUGUAUAAAGAGAAAGUUUUCGUAUUACUUUAAGUGAGCUUUAAGGAUCAUUUUAAUUUUGAUUGGUAACGCAGUUUUCCAUAUGCUUCCAUAAAGAAAAUACCGAAAUCUUAUUUACUCACACGAAACUCCGCACGACAAGUGCCCUUAUUAAGUUAUUACAUCUUCAACUAUUUAUUAUUUAUAGUUAAAUUCUUACAUAGUCAGCAAUAAACUUGUCUGUUUAUUUUCA